GACAUAAAGUUGUCCAGUUCUUGGCCACCAGUGCGCUGGACGACUCUGUUUUUUAGUAGUAGUGCUCUGUUCUUCCCCUUCGCUUGGCUCACUACCUACCGAACCCACCACCGAUUGAGGAGAUGCGGCCGCCGGCGCGAACCCAAGCCGAUGCCUCCAAGCCUGUCGUGCUCCUGGCCGACCCCAUCAUCCCAGAGUUUGAGCUGGAGCUCUCAGCUCGCUACAGUCUCCUUCCUCUCGCCGAUGUUGACGCGGACACAGCCGCCUCGGCGCGGGCGCUCCUUACAGUCGAGCUCCCGGCGGUGACCGCCGAGCUCAUGGGCGCGCUCCCAAAGCUGGAGCUCGUACUCGCCUCGUCCGUCGGCGUUGACCACGUCGAUCUUGCCGCCUGCCGCCGCCGCGGGAUUGCCGUCACCAACGCUGGGGGCGCGUUCUCUGACGACGCGGCCGACUACGCCGUCGGGCUAGUCAUAGCCGCUCUCCGCCGCGUACGUCCGACGGGGCGGCUGGCCGGCCGGCGGGGACUAUCCCCUCGCCACCAAGGUUAAUUUUACCGGGGAUCCCCAUCAAUCGCGGUAGCUAGAAUUAGUUGUUCUUGGCCAUCCCCGCAAAAUUUAUGCAAUUGCAACUUUGCAACGCAUCCAAAUUAUUUCGAAGAACGCGCACAAGAGGAGAAUUUUGAUCACCGGAGUCUUAUGCAAUCGA